CAAUAACCAAAAAUUCUGAGCGGUCAAUAACUGGUCGGGAUUUUAAAAUUCUGAGCAAAAAAGGAAUCAAAGCCCUACCUUAGACAGAGACAUCUGCAGAAUCCCGUGGGAAGAGUAGAGAAGAAGAGAAAAUAUGCCUCUCAAAACUUUCGACGCUACCGUAGAAACAUUCGAUGCAGAGUUCGACAAGUUCAUAGCCGAAGCGCCGAAAAACAAGGCCAAUCUCAUCCUCUUCUUGGCUGACCCUGAUCCUUCCACCUCCCUCAGCUGGUGCCCUGAUUGUGUGAGAGCUGAACCUGUAAUAUACAAAAAGCUGGAAGCUUCAUCUGCCAAUGACAAUGUUGCGCUGCUCAGGGCUUAUGUUGGAGAUAGGCCAACAUGGAGGAAUGCAAAUCACCCAUGGAGAGCAGAUCCAAGGUUCAAUCUCAAAGGUGUUCCUACUUUGAUCUUCUGGGAAAAUAAUACAGCCAAGGGUCGCCUUGAAGACCAUGAAGCGCACCUCGAGAAUAAGAUUGCUAAUCUUCUUGGUGAAGAGUAAUCCGUUAUUUGCCUCUUUGUUUCAAAUCAUUGAAGAGAAA